UAUAUUUGUUUUCGUAGGAUGGAGAGUGAGCAAGACGAAUCAUUCAUACCACAAGUUGAUUUGUCGGUCAAGCCUUUGAUAGGACAAGAAUUUCAAUCGGAGGAAAAGGCUCUUUGUUUCUAUAAUGAGUAUGCUAAAAGUGCAGGAUUUAACACUAAAAUUAAAAACAGCCGAAAAGAUCCAAAAGCUUGCACAGUUGUGGGAAAAAUGUUUGCUUGCUCUAAAGAAGGGAAGACAAAUGUGUCAUACCGAAAUAAACGAGGUGCGGUGACAGAAACUAAGGAACGGAAACGUGGAGAGACUCUAGGUGAAUCUUUGCAAGGCAGGCGUGGAGCGCUGAUGAAAAUAACGAGAGAGCUCAUCGAUGAUGCAUCGUUGAGUGAGGCGAGAACCAAGUUUCUACUGGAAAAGCUCAAAGUUUGGAAAUGGGAGGUUGGUGAGAUUGAUGACAAGGAAUGCAUAAGCAAGCGGUUGAGUAAAAUCAAACAAAAAGAGACGUUUUUUGUAUGCGACCCCGAGCCUAUACGAACCAAAGGUUGUGGCAAGCGUCUAAAGUCGAGUAAAGAGAAAGCCAUAUCUCUAAGUGCUCGAUCUUGUAGUUUGUGUGGGCAGAGGGGCCACGACAAGCGCAAAUGUCCAAGUCAUAGCAUUCACCUUGAAGAUGAUUCAUAUCGUCCAGACAUGUCAAAAGUGACAAAUUCCAGUUGCUCUGAUGUUUGA